AACAAACAGUUUCUUAAGACACAUAAUUUAUUGAGUUUAUAAUUUAGGUCCUGAGGUGACGUUCGUACAACACAAUAUCGCCGAGUUGCUGCACUGUGGUUGAACUGUCACUGAGGGUCGUUCAAGGUCCACACCAAGAAGAGUCAACGUACAAACUUGAUGUUUCCAGUGUUUAUAAAGGAACUUGGCCAAAAGUGAACUUUGUAUAUACAGCAGGAAAUAAUGCACAGUGUAAGAGGUAACUCCUCAGAUACUCAAGAGAAACUCUAUAUGAUGCUGGAAAAAUUACAAACACUGGCUCGAGAUAUACCAACCAAGUUCCAGCAACGCUUGCCAUAUGAUCUUCUAUCAUCAUUGGCCCAUGUGCUGCUUAAUAAUACGGUCUUUGAAAUAGUGCGUGAACUAGCAGAUUUACAGCACGUAACAGAGAAGAGCUUGCACGAACAACGUUCUCACAUGGUCAACAGACACAAGAGUGAACGUGAUGCAUUACUAAAGUCCCAGAGGGAGGAGCUUCAGGCCGCACAACGCCAAGGCAAAGCUCACGUUGCCUCUCGUCUGCCACGACUGCAUGAAGAGCAGUUAUCACAAGUAGAUGCUCGUCAUACUCAAGAGGUAAUGGAUACCCACAUUCGCAUACAGCAAGUUCUAGACCAAAAGGUGACAGAACAACAGUCAACUUUGCAGCAGGUUGGUGUGCCAGGGUUCCAUGAGACCGACAAUCCUAUGGAGAUCAAAGUUCAGAUGUACAUCAUGGGGUUCAUUGUGAAGAUUGGUGGAAUAAAAGUCCCUCCUUAAGCCCUGAUGGACAUACCCUGCAACAGUUGUGACAUAUUUAUUGUGGACCCAAUUUAAAUUUCCCAUGCACUGUAUUUACUACACAUCUUUUGUGGAGACUUCUGGCAACUGUCCCUAGAUGGUGUAGGCCUCUCACCCAUUGUAGCUCAUUGAUGGACCAUGGCCGAGUCAAGUUGUACUGCACCUGCUCAUGUGUGGUGCCACACACAAGAGGAAGUUAUGCCUUUUUUAUUUAUUCUGGAGACAAGGAUGACACUCGCAUACAUAGUAACAGUGAUAUAAGUGAAGAUAGUGACCUUUUUCAAGCUUUGAAUUGUAAUUCUAGUGAAUCUCCUGGAAACUUGAGUGACAAAGAUGAGGAAUAUGCUGGUGGUGGAGUAGCUUCCACAAGCUGUGCAUCUACCCAUGAGGCUCCCACACAGAAUAAAAGGGGUUCAUUAUUUAUUCCCCCUGGUCCCUGAACUUUGAUGAUGUAACUUAGGAGUUUAUGGUAAGAUUCAAAUGUUCUUAUGAUUUUUUUUUUUCAAUGUUUACCUGGUAAUGAACACGAACACAAGUUGACAUCACUGUCCCCAAAGUGUUGACUAUAUGUGAUAACAUGUGGUGGUAUUUGCUUUACUUUAUGUUGUACAGUACUGUAUUUGCUUGAUGGCGACUCCAUCAUUUUUCCGAGUUUUGGAGACCUUAGAAGAAAGCAGUUUAUUUUCAGGAAUGUCUCAGCUGUGUGAUGAGGCAAGGUACUCUGACAAUAUUAUACUAUUAUUGAUUCAGAAUACAUCUUCACUGGCUGUAUUGUCCGGCCAAAAUAAUAUAUAGUAAAACUUAAUGGAAAGUCAGAAAUUCAAAAUACAAUUUUUCCUUUUGACUUUAUUUUGUUGCAUUUCUUAAAUGGUAAAUUAUGAAAUUCCAAUUGAUGUACAGUAAACCCUUGAUAACUCAGAAUCUCAUAUAACUUGUCAUGGAUAUAGUCUCGGAAUGUAUUAUUGUAGCAUAACUCAGGAAAUGCCGAGAUUUAUAAAAUUAUCUAGGAAAAUCUCAGCAUAGCUGGCCACCUGCAUCAUCUAUCAUGCCUGUGUGUCACCUACCAUGCUUCUAUAUCACCUACUAUGAUGCUUCAUUCUUCACCUGCAGUGCUGGUAAGUGUUACUUUUUUACAUUUAGUAAUUACAUGUACUGUACACACAUA